AUGGCCAAUAAUAAAUCGUCAUGGUUCUCAAAAGUUAUAGAAGGACCACCUAUUGAAGUGUUUGCCCUAAAUAAGGCUUAUGCCGAGGAUACAUUUCCAAAUAAAGUUAGUUUAGGAGUUGGAGCCUAUCGUACUGAUGAAGGUAAACCAUGGGUCUUACCAGUUGUUAGAGAAACAGAAAAAAUCUUGGCUGAGAAUGAAAGUUUAAACAAAGAAUAUUUGCCUGUUCUUGGGCUAGAAUCUUUUACUAAGGCUGCCACUAAAAUGCUACUGGGUGAAGAAAGUCCUGCCAUUAUAGAAGAUAGAGCUUUUGGUGUACAAUCCCUUUCUGGAACAGGUGCUCUACGAGUAGGCUCUGAAUUUUUGGCAAAAGUUGUUGGAUUAAAAGUAUUUUACUAUUCUAAACCAACUUGGGAAAACCACAGGUUAAUAUUUUUGAACGCUGGUUUUGAAGAAGCCCGGGAAUACCGCUACUGGGACCCAAAAAAUCGUAAUUUGGACAUAAAUGGUUUCUUAGAGGAUCUUAGAAAUGCGCCUGAAAAUGCAGUUAUUAUUUUACAUCCAUGUGCCCAUAAUCCCACUGGUUGUGAUCCCACACCAGAUCAGUGGAAACAAAUUGCCGAAGUAAUCAGAGAAAGAAGACUCUUUCCGUUUUUCGACAGCGCCUACCAAGGAUUUGCCUCAGGAGAUUUGGUUAAGGAUGCCUGGGCUGUAAGAUACUUUGUGGAACAAGGUUUUGAAAUAUUUUGCUCCCAAUCUUUCGCCAAGAACUUUGGUUUAUAUAAUGAACGUGCUGGUAAUUUAACCAUUGUAAUGAAUGAUGUGAUGGAAAUACCUAAAGUAAAAUCACAAAUAACUUUGGUAGUCAGAGGAAUGUAUUCAAACCCGCCUAAUCACGGUUCUUCAAUUGUAUCAUAUGUACUUAGCAACCCUAAGUUAUUUGAGCAAUGGCAAGGUCAUAUUCGGACAAUGUCUUCAAGGAUCAUUGAAAUGAGAAAACAAUUAAGGCAACAUUUAGAGGACAUUGGUACCCCAGGAGACUGGAGCCAUAUUACUUCUCAAAUUGGAAUGUUUUCAUAUACAGGAUUAAAUGAAUGUCAAUCUGAGCACAUGAUAAAACAACAUCAUGUGUACAUGCUGAAAUCAGGACGUAUUAGCAUGUGUGGUUUAACUCCAUCCAAUGUGGAAUAUGUGGCCCAAGCUAUUAAAGAAACAGUCACCAAUUUACCAAAUAAACUGUAA